AUGAGUAGACGGUUGUUUGUGAAGAUAGCUUCAGAUUUGGAAAACAAUUUUAGUUUUUUUAAGAGGAAGAUCGACGCGCGUGGUAGAUGGGGGUUUUCGACAUUACAGAGAUGCACAUCUGCAGUUCGCCAGUUAGGCUAUGGUAGUAAUCCCGAUAGUUUAGAUGAUUACCUAAAUAUGUCGGAAAGAUCAUCACGUGAAACCCUUAAUGCUUUUUGUGAUGGAGUUAUUAAGUUAUAUCGGCAUGAAUACUUGCGUAGGCCAACGCGUACUGAUACGCAACGCAUUCUUGAUCAUCAUGCGUCUUACCAUGGUUUCCCCGGCAUGUUAGGGAGUCUUGAUUGUACACACUGGGCUUGGGACAAUUGUCCAGUAGCUUGGCGUGGUCAGUACACGCGAGGUGACCAUCACGGGCCGACGAUAUCGCUUGAAGCAGUUGAUUCACAGGAUUGUUGGAUUUGGGACGCAUACUUUGGUGUUGCCGGUUCAAACAACGACAUUAAUGUGUUGAACCAAUCUCCUUUGUUCAACCCUUUUGAAGACGGCACAACACCGUUGGUUCCUUUCACUGUAAAUGGAACCGAAUAUCGGUACCCGUAUUAUCUAGUGGAUGGGAUCUACCCAAGAUAUGCGAUGUAUGUGAAAACGAUACAGCAUCCAACCGGUGAGAAAAGGAUUCGGUAUGCUAAGGCACAGGAGGCUGCAAGGAAGGACGUGGAGUGA